ACGAAGAAGAAUUCCACCCUGCCCUCAUCAUCAGUGAGCGACAAAGAUGGCCGCCUGUGGGCAAUUCCGCUCCCUUUCUUCCAACUUUUUCACAGUUUUGCCUUUACUUACCCGCUCGGUACCUCUUUCACCGUUGCGGCUGGCAUCUAAACCUUACUUUGGAAGAACACUAGCCACUUCUAGUCGAUUAACAGCAGCACUUAAAUUCACAGACAAGCACGAAUGGAUUCGAGUAGAAGACGACGGAAUUGGGACUGUCGGUAUCAGCAAGUUUGCGCAAGAGGCUCUGGGAGAUGUAGUUUACUGUGGUCUGCCAGAGGUGGGAACACAGCUGGCUCAGCAAGAUGAGUUUGGAGCUCUGGAAAGUGUAAAGGCUGCCAGUGAGCUCUAUUCCCCUUUGACUGGAGAAGUUGUAGAGGUCAAUACACUACUGGCAGACAACCCUGGUCUGGUGAACAAAUCUUGCUACAAAGAUGGCUGGCUGAUGAAGAUGACCAUUGGCAACCCUAAGGAGCUUGAUGCUCUAAUGGACGAAGCAGCCUAUGAGAGAUACAUCCGCUCCAUUGAGGACUAACCCAACACCUCCUAAUAAGUGCUAUGCUCCCUCUCUCCUUUUUAAAACACAACUGGCAGGGAGAUCCACAAGUCGUGCCUGUGUCAGCUACAACUCUAUGCUUAGCAUCCACCAGUGGAGCUCAGGAGCUUCAGAUUGCUGACCUGCCAGUGUUGUAGAGCUGUGAACAUUAGGAAUCCUUUAUCUACUGUUAAAGACUGAUUCUAGGGGACCUGUCAAUCUGGACUGACUAAACAUCCAAUGUUGAGUUGUUGCAGCCUCAAAUCCCCAAACAGAAGAGACUGAGACACGGUCACUAGAACAGUUUACACACAUUUCAGUCAAAGAAAAACUUGAAUUUCUGUUGUAGGACAUUGUUAGACUUAAAAAGCACUUUGGUCUUCAUGGUAUUAAUAAUAAUGUUGGUCUACACUGCAUGUAUGACAGCUAAACUAUAGACAUGGGACCGGUAAAAUAAAUAAUAAACAUUUCCAUUUCCAGACA